AGCUAUAGGAGUAUAGCGGAAUAACGUGAAUGCGCCGGCGACGCCAGCAAACGAUGUAGAAUAGAUAGAUCGGGUGUUGUCGGGAAUAGUCGGUUUCCACGAAGCGCCAUAUCGUCACUUGGAACGUCAGUCACUGUUCGGUGCUCGGGCAGGGAAGUUUGUAAAUGAAAUUUGUUAGAGGAUCACCAUUAGUCGUAUACUUUUUACACGACAUUCACACACAUUUUAUCCUUCUGAUUGUUUGCUCGUCUAUCCAAAGAAUACUAAUAAUUAAUCGAGUCACAGUAGAGUUGUUAGUGUUAUUGACAAGUGAAUUGAAUGAAUUUAACAGUUGAUAUAGUCGUGUUGAUGUAAGAAACCACUCGAUUUUUUUGGUGAUGAUACAUAUUGAAAGAAGUGAAAUAUUAUAUUUAAGCUGCAGAUACUGUUACAGCUAUUUAUUUUCUAGAAAAUAUUUAAGUAAUACCUGCAGUACCAGAGAGUGAUAAGAGAAUUUAUUUUUAUGAAGAAUUUGAGUAAAUUGAAUGAGUUAAACUGAUUGAUACUGUGUAUUAACAGUAUUUGGAAUUGAGAAAAUCAUUUAUUUGAGUAAUUUAAGAUAAGCUUUGGUAUUAUUUGUAUAUAUCUAAUUUUAUUAUUAAUGCCGAGAGCAUUUUAGUGAUACAUAUAAAUAUAUAUACAUAUAUUUAUAUAUAUAUGUAUAUCUAUAUUUCAUGAAUACAGUGAGUAAGCUGAAGUUGAUUGAAUUUGGCAUUUGUUUCACGUGGUAGUACUAACAGUAAAUAGUAAACAAUAAUACGUCAACAAUUCAUUCAUUAUGUGGAAUAUUUAGACUGGAUUGAUAAAAAUUGAAACGUGUGUAAUAUGAUGGAUGCUGCUACUGUUGAGUAUUGCGCGCAUAUGCGUCGCUACAUUAGACAGACAAAACUACACUGUGGAUACUAUUUUGCCAUCGUUCAUCGACUCUGAUUUAUUGUGAUUAUUCAAUCAAAUAAUUAUAUUUAUAUUCUACAUCUGACAAGUGUGUUGUGUUGAUUGUGUUAAAUGUGUGUGGUAUUAUGCUCUGCAUCAAGUCAAAAAAGAGUCAAAGAUAAACAAAUUAUUUUUCUUUCCAUUUAUAACGCUGCAAUAAUUAUUAUCUCAAGUUUAAAUACUUGAUAAAGUAAUUCACCUGUGGCCGUUUGCAAUAAAAUCCAAAUGUCUAUCAUCGAUCACGUGUAAAUAGGGACCAGUUUCGAUGAUAAUCAUCAUUACAUUACCUAUGCGGAGUAUUACCAAUCAUUUUUAUUGUUAUUUAUAACAAGUGUAAAGUCAUCAGUCAUCGCGGUUGUCAGUUUCAAUUUAGUUUAUUCACUUAAAUUACCUGCAAGGAAUUUUCUACCUCGUGUAAGUGAAAUAAAUUGUAUUUUGCUCGUGCAGUAAAAGUAUAAGUGAUACAGCUGAUUCAAGUAUAAUAUUGUUAUCAUAAUCUGAUAACGAAAUAGUGUGUGUUUCAAAUUAUUAUUAGGUAUUGUCUUAUAUACCUAAACCAAUAUUUAGAUAAAUAAUUUUUAAAAAGUCUUACUUAAAUAAGAAAGAGAAAAACAAGAGAAAAGAAAAAAACAGAACAAUCAUGGAUAUCUUACCAAGUGGGAAUAUAUUUAGAGAAUUGCAGGACAUUCAUGAUACCGGAUAUUUUUCGGCUCAACCGUCGCUAGAAGAUCACUGGCAACAGACAUGCUACGAAAUGGAGAGGUACCUGAAAGAUGAACCGAAGCUACAAUCGUACAAAAAGCUACCUACAGAACUUGAUACAGCACCGUGGAAUCUAUUUAGAGCACCGCCAAUUUCAUGGACAGCAACAACUUGCACAACUAGCACACAGUAUGAACCUGAGAUUAAAAUGGAGGUGACUUCAUCAUCAGACGAUGUAGAUCCUCUAUGCCUGGAUGAUAUAAAAUUUAGUCCAGGUGACGACAAUCACAAUGGCCGGGAUAGGGAUUUACUAGAUCGUAAUCUUGAUUCUCUGUCAAUGUCAUCUUCUAGUUCGGCGUGUUCUGCCCUAUCUUGGGAUAGUUCGCCGACAUUUUCUUACAGAGCACUUAUUGUAAAAAAAGAACCAAGUGAAGACUUGGAAGAAGAUGAGGAACAUGAGGAAAUUGAAGAGGAAGAAGACAGUGGUUGUGAGGGCGAAGGGCAAAUUUUAACACCCCCUUCAAGUCCAGAAUCGACUCAAGGGCAUUCAAAUUCAAGUCAUUCAUCAAGUGGGAGUUCUAUGUUGGACGUUCACAAUCUAAAUCUUCAUAAUACGGGUGGUAGGAAUGCUGUUGUUAGACUUACAACGACUAACGGCCAAAGUGUUGCCAGACUAAUUUCCGUCGCGACAAAUGAUUUCCCGACUACUCCAAGCACACAACAUCAACACACAAGUCCAACAUCUAUAACCACAAGUAUUGCAACUAACAGGCAUCAUGCCAGAAGUCAUGAGCACAGUCCUCAAGAUACAAAACGUAGAAUACACAAGUGUACGUUUCCAGGAUGCAAAAAAGUCUAUACAAAAAGUUCCCAUCUCAAAGCUCACCAACGAACUCAUACAGGAGAAAAGCCAUAUAAAUGCAGCUGGGAAGGAUGCGAAUGGCGAUUUGCUCGUUCUGAUGAACUUACACGUCACUACCGCAAGCACACAGGAGCAAAACCGUUUAAAUGUCGACAUUGCGAUCGUUGUUUUUCACGUAGCGAUCACUUAGCUCUUCAUAUGAAAAGACAUGUUUAAUUAUUUAAUCAUUUUAUUUCACACGAACUCGACAUGGUCAGAAAUGAAAAAUUCAUCUUCUGAUCUACAGUUUCCAAGUUGCUAAUUCUUUCCAUCAGCAACUUAGAUCAUUUUCACAAUAUCUUAUCCCAACCCACCCACCUCCUGUCAUUAUUCUCGACGUAAUGGAAGAAAAUCUACAUUGAAUUUAUAAUAAACAAGAAUAUCUCAAUAUAAUUCGAAUAAAAGAACAUCAUUAAGAGAUUUAUUUAAUAAAAAAAAAAAGUUCUCUCGUUUCUAAAUAGAAUGUUUAUGGAUUUUCUGAUGCUACCUUGCUUCCAAGUUCAUCUUACGCUUCUCCUUCAAUGUCGUCAUAAUAUAAUUGUAUUGCAUAUGUGUGUAUUACUGUGGGACCCCGAAAUAUAUAUUAUAUAAAAAUAAUUAAUAAAAAAAAUGAUGGCUUAAAUAAUAAAAAAUAUUUGUGAUAAGUGCUACGAACAAAUAUCCAUCUCUCUUUGUUCUUGUUAUUCAUUCAUUUAUUUAUAAACUUUUUUAAUAAAAAACAAUUGCAUGGUUUUUUAAAUUGAGAGAUGUUGAAUCACUGCCAGUAAUUAUGUUAAUGUAAAGCAUUUUUAUAAAUAUAAAUGGAUAAGUAAAAAAAAAAUUUUUGAGAAAAUAAAGAGUAAAAAAAUAAAAGGAGAAGUAUCGAUGACACAACGAGGAAUGCAACGAGAAUAUUAGAGAAAAAUUAGGAUGAAAUUAGGAAAAUUUUAUUAGAAGAAAAUACUUGCGUCGUUUCUUUAAUAUAUUAACAAGUAAACGCAUACCAUAAAAAUUUUCAACGACAUUAUUAAUAUUAAUAAUACUGUUAUAAAUUAUUAUUAUCAUCAUUACUCUUACUCUUAUUUUUAUAUAGUAUCUAUAAUUAUUAUUAAUAAUCAUAGGAUCCUCGGUGCUAAAUAAACUAAAUUCACAUUAACAUGGCUUAAAAAUGUCAUGUGGAAUUAACUUUUUCUAUGCGUUUUACGAGUUGAUUGAACGGCGCAAUUGUUUAGAAAAUUGUAUCUAGUAUUAAUUCAACGUAUAUAUUUACAAAAAAAUUAGUAAUUAUAAAUAGACGAAAAACAAAAAAAAAACUAAUAACAAUUAAAGAAAAACAAGGAACAAGAUAUGCAGCAGAUUCCAUUUAACAUCAAAAUACGAGAGAUCUUUAUGUAUUAUUAUUAUUAUGAUUAUUAUUAUUCUUCCAUUUUAAUCAAUAAAAGCAAGAAUCCUCUUGGUUUCUUUUGAAAUAUAUGAUAUAUUUCCAAGGACAGUCAAGAGGGCUUCAAUUUUAAAUGUUCAGUGGCCAAAUAAAUUAUUAAAUAAUACAUUAAUAUAUAUAACAUAAGCGUUAUAUAAUUAGUUAGAUGAUAAACGAAUGAAUGAGUAGUAAAAGCUAGAUAAAAACAAUUUAUCAAAGAAUAAAAAAAAAAUGUUAUUGCUUUAAAUCAUCAAGGAAUAAUCAAUGAAUGAAGUGAAUGAGAUAGUGACGAAAUAUAAAUAAUGCAAAACAAUACAAAUUAAUAGAUUAAAAUUAAUGUGAGAAUGACUGAAGAUUAGAAAUUACAAAAUGAAUAAAUAAAUCAUUAAAUGAACAUACAGAUAAAUAAGAAAAAUUCAAAGUAAUAAUUAUUGAGUUUGAAUAUUGUGCAAUUUCUUUCAAUACUUCAUUAUCUGUUACCAGAAUUUUUUAGUUAUAUAUAAAUAUAUAUUAUAUUAAUUCCUAUAAUUUUAUUAUUACUUAUUAUUAUUAAUUAUUAUAGCAUUUAAAAAUUUGUAUACUGCGAACGAGUUUAUCUGAAACAAAAACAAACGCAUGAACAAAUAAAAAAAGACAACAAUAAUAAGAACAAAACCAUUAAAUAAGUAUGUAACGCAAUGACUUAAUAACCCAUGCAUAUUGAGGAAAAGUUUUUUGAUAAAAAUAUUUCAAAUCAUCAUAAUAUAACAAUGCUGGGCGUCAAAAUCCGUCAUUAACUAUUAUUGAAAAACGAAAAAUAUUGCCACAUAAAAAGAAAAAAAAAUAUUAAAAAUAUUUAAAAAAUAAUAAUAAAAAAAAAUGCUUCUGCUUGAUAAACUCAACUCUAACAUUAUCAUAUCAUAUAUAUAUAAUAAUGUUAUGAAUUAUUGAAAGCACGCACAUACUAUCUUUCGCCGAAAAUGAGAUUGGCGUGUUAAAUCACAAAGCUUAAAAGUACAUAACAUGAACAUUUCUGUAAAUUUUAACAUCAUGGAAUAGUAAUACAGAUUGGCGAAAAAUCUACAUUCAUUCUUUCGGACCGUCAACGAAAACUUUUGUACGUAUUUUCAUUCUUUUCAUAUGGAAAAUGAUGCAUAUAUAAGAGUAUAGUUAUUAAAAAUAAAUGAGAAUAACAAAACUGUUUACAUGAACUACAUUAACUGUGCAAUAUGUAUUACAAUUCAUACAUAAAGUGGAUCAGUUUGUAUAAAAUUUGUAUGUAACCCGUAACUGGACAAAUAAAUAUUAAGCUAUUAUUAACUUUUAACAAAAA